GAGUAAUUGUGUGCACGCCCUUCUGCAAUAAAUAAAGAAGGAAAAAAAAAAUCAUUGAUCACCAAAAGUAGAAUUAUUUAUUCAUUAAUGCAUAUCACGAUUACAUUUUGUAAACGCUCUAGACAUAUAAGAUUGAAGCAAAAAACAUUGAUCAUUUUAUGUACAAGUUUCAACAAGUCUACAUCAGCUUGUAUAGUUGUCUUGUAAUAUAAAUUGUCGACAGACUUUGACAUUACCUAACACCAGUUAAUAAUUUUAAAAUAAUUUAUAUUGUCUAGAAAAUUAUCCAUUUUUUUUACCUUGAAACAAUAGACCAGUCCGUAAAAACGUGUUACAUUAAGUUUCCGACAAUUUUCAUUGAGUUAAAUAAAGACUUGCUACGAUUCUAUAUCAACUUCCGCAGUUGUGUGUUUGGAGCCGAGGAAUGCAGUGACAAGAAAAAAAAAUAAAAAAAAAUUCUGUCAAGCUAUAAAACGGAAAACAUGAUGCAUAUCACAUCAUUGCACAGUAAAAUGUUGCGAACAUCAGUAUUGUUGUGUCUUUUCACUGCAGUGAUUUGGUGUUCCGCUGCACCAAAUCCAUCAGAAGAGUGGUGGAGAGAUUCUUUUAUUUAUCAAAUAUAUCCACUGAGUUUUAAAGACAGUAAUGGUGAUGGUGUAGGUGAUUUAAAUGGCAUCACAAGUAAAUUGGAACAUAUUGCUGACAUUGGUGCUAGUGCUCUCUGGCUUUCACCAAUUUACGUGAGUCCAAUGGUGGAUUUUGGUUAUGAUAUUACAAAUUUUACGGAUAUUGAUCCAGUAUUUGGUAAUCUUGCUGAUUUUUCAAAACUUGUUACCAAAGCAAAAUCACUGGGUCUUAAAGUACUUCUUGAUUUUGUACCAAAUCAUAGCUCUGACAAAUGUUCAUGGUUUACAAAAAGUAUACAAAAAAUAAAACCAUACGAUGAAUAUUAUAUUUGGAAAGAUGCUAAAAUAGUUAAUGGUACAAGACAACCACCAAACAAUUGGCUAAGUGCAUUUCAAGGUUCAGCAUGGGAAUGGAAUGAUCAACGUAAACAGUAUUACUAUCAUGCAUUUGCAGCAGGACAACCAGAUUUAAAUUAUCGUAAUUCACAAUUAAAUGAAGAAAUGAAAAAUGCUUUAAGAUUUUGGCUUAAUCGUGGAGUUGAUGGUUUCCGUAUUGAUACUAUUCCUAAUCUGAUAGAAGAUUCAAGAUUUUUGGAUGAGCCUAAAAUUCCAAAUACUGGACUACCUGAUACAGAUUCUGGUACACUUGAACACAUAUAUACAUACAAUCAAAAUGAGACUUACGAUAUUCUUAAAACUUGGCGUGCUGUGCUUGAUUCUUAUAAUGGAACAAAAAAAAUGUUUCUCACUGAGGCUUACACAACUCUUGCCUACCAGAUGAGAUACUACGAAUAUGGAUCAAAUAUUCCAUUCAACUUUAUGUUCAUGGGAGAGCUUAAUAAUCGUUCAUCAGCAGUUCAAUUCAAACGCACCAUUGACCGUUAUUUAGAUGCUAUACCAGCAGGUCAAUCAGCUAAUUGGGUCACGGGAAAUCAUGAUCAAGGACGAGUUGCCUCAAGAUUUGGACUUAAACGAGCAGAUCAAUUGUCAAUGAUGGCAGCAGUUUUACCUGGUGUUGGAAUAAUUUAUAACGGAGAUGAAAUUGGUAUGGUAAAUCGUCCAAUGUCUUAUAAAGAAACACUUGAUCCUGCUGGCUGUAAUGCUGGUCCAUCAAGAUACAAUACGACAUCUCGGGACCCACAAAGAACACCAUUUCAAUGGGAUAGCACAACGAGUGCCGGAUUUUCAACAAACACAAAAACUUGGCUUCCAAUUAAUCCUAACUACAAAACAUUAAAUCUUGCAGCUGAAAAACUUGCAUCAGUAUCACAUUACUCGAUUUUUAAGAAAUUAGUUACACUGAAAAAAUUGCCAGUCAUCAGUAAGGGAACAACACAAAUAAUUCUCGUUGGAUACAAUGUAUUUGGUGUUGUACGAAGACAAGCAGGACAGUCACCUGUUGUUUUACUUAUCAAUUUCAAUGAUGUAUCAACACUUGCUGAUGCUGCCUCUUGGAUGAAUGUACCAGAUCAAAUGAAAGUUUAUGUUUCUAGUAUUGGUUCAAAUAUUCAAAUUGGAGCAACAGUCAAUACCAAUCGUAUUAUACUACCAGCUGCAGCUUCAGUUAUCUUGGUUUAAAACGAAAUAACUAAAUUGUUACAUAGAAAAUAUAAAUAUAUAUAACUACAAUGUUAAUUUGUAAAUUAAAAUACAUAAAUUAGUUUGAAUUGAAUUUUAAA